CGGCAUGCCGGACUACUAUCUUUCGGGUCACCUACGCCGUCGGGCCUCCACUUUCUGACGGCUGCCGCGACAGUCCCGAGGCUAUGAGGGGUUGAGCCGGUGGCAUUAGGUCCUAAAUGACUCAAAAGACCGAGAGCUAGUGGUGCCGAUGUGAAGGUUGCAGAGAGUUGACGUGUAUAGAUAGUCGACCAUCCCGCGCUUAAUAGUCCUCAAACUUUGCCCAUCCUAUAACUCAGUUACACACGAUCCCUCAUUGCACCUAUUUCUACUACAAUGUCUCCGUCUGCGGUUGUCAACAAACGUGCUGUCGUAGUAGAGCCAGAAACGACCGGCCACAAGAACGUAAAGACGAAGAGUGUACUACUGCACCGUCACAUCCAUUAUGAACCCAGCACAGUGGUUGCAGCCAAGGGCAACUACGUCGAGCUCAACAGCGGUCAGAAAAUACUGGAUGCCACAGGUGGCGCAGCUGUGUCUUGUCUAGGCCAUGGAAACCAGAGGGUCAAGGAAGCUAUCAACCGUCAGUUGGACCAAGUCGCGUAUUGUGCUUCGCUGUUCUUUGGAUCAUCAGCUGGCGAGGCUUUGGCCAAAGAGCUGGUCGAUGGCACCAACGGUCAGAUGGCGCGGGCAUACAUUGUGUGCUCAGGUUCCGAGGCAAUGGAAGCUACGAUGAAGCUUGCCCGACAAUACUUCCUGGAGUGUGCGCCAGCUCAGCCUGAACGAGUCAACUUCAUUGCUAGGAAAGAGUCCUACCACGGAACCACACUGGGAGGUCUCUCCAUGAGCGGUCACGUAGGUAGAAGGGCGUUGUUUGAGCCAAUGCUCCUUGGAAAUGUCAGUAGGGUGUCAGCUUGUAACGCUUAUCGCGGUAUGAAAGAAGGAGAAAGCACCAAAGAAUACGUCGCCAGACUAGCGCAAGAAUUGGAUGAUGAAUUCGUUCGGCUGGGUCCACAGACAGUAUGCGCCUUCGUUGCUGAGCCUGUCGUUGGAGCCGCUCUUGGGUGCGUCCCUGCCGUACCGGGCUACUUUCAAGCUAUGAAGGCGGUCUGCGAUAAGUACGGUGCGCUCUUAGUCUUCGAUGAGGUGAUGAGCGGUAUGGGUCGUUCCGGCACGCUCCAUGCCUGGGAGCAGGAAGGAGUUGUUCCGGACAUAGAAACGAUUGGCAAAGGCCUCGGAGGAGGCUACGCUGCCGUAGCAGGUUUGCUGAUCGGCCACCGGGUUAUCCAUGUCCUCGACAAAGGCACGGGUGCUUUCUCUCACGGACAUACCUACCAAGGACAUCCAGUCGCCUGUGCAGCCGCGCUGGAAGUUCAGCGAAUCGUCCGCGAGGAGGGUCUAGUGGAGAACGCUAGACGGAUGGGCGAAGUGCUCGAGAAGCAAUUGAAAGAGCGGCUUUCGUCGCACCCGAACGUUGGUGAUAUUCGUGGACGAGGGUUGUUCUGGGGCAUCGAACUUGUUCGUGAUAAGGCUACGAAAGAACCGUUCGACCCCAAGGAUGGCAUCGCUAUGGCACUACACGAGAAAGGGCUCGAACCAAAGCAUAGCAUUUCUCUAUACCCUGGCACUGGCACAGUGGACGGGAAAUCUGGAGACCAUAUCAUGCUGGCCCCGGCGUACAACACCACCGAGGCGGACAUCACUCUAAUCGUCGAUAGAACAACGGCGGCCAUUGAGGACUUCUUCGCUCAACGAAGCUACCAUUAAGCUCAUCCAAUUUGAAUCUACAUAGGUAUAAAUUGUGCCAUGAUAAUAGGGCCCUGAAGAUGGAUACGGGAACAACUUUCUCUUUCGCACAGAAGCAACGCAAAUCUCAUAAAGUGCACGAUUUCGACCGGGAAAAGGCGAUUUGCAAUUCUC